GAAUUCGUUCUCAUGGGAAAUUCUCACAGUUGAUAGGCAUUACUCCGCUUUGCCUCGAUGAUCAGCGGCAGGGAGGCGUGAAGUAACGCUCACGCCCAGUUAUGAUCGAGCAAACAAGCACCAAACACACCCAAAGGCGUUGGCUACUUUAUUUUUAAUUUUCGUCACUGUCAAGAUAGGGUUCCCAGUCGAUGGAACAUACCUGGAAAUUUCCCCUGCACAGCCCUAGCUGAGACACUGAGAGGCUUUUUCACACAGGACAACCAAAAAUCUACAGUGUCAUCUGUCCUUCAUACUACCUAGAGCACACACCCAUGGAUCCCCAAGAAGAUCUCAUAGACAGGGACAUCCCUCUGACUGUUCUGCUCCCAGGAGGACAGGAGGCCACAGCCACAGUGCAUGGCAGUAAACCAGUUAUGGAUGUUCUGGUUGCGUUGUGUGCUCAACACCACCUCGUUCCAUCAGAUCAUGUCAUCAAGCUUAUCUCCACAAAUCAAAACCACAUCAAUUUCAAACCCAACUCCAUGAUUGGAUCUCUUGAGUUUGAAAGAGUUGUCCUGCAAACUAAAGGAAGUGAUGCUAACAAGAAAAAACCUAAUAUUCCUGUGGCAACAGUUCGUCUUCUGAUAAACUACAAGAAGUCCCAUAAGGCAGUAGUACGGGUCAAUCCAACAGUGCCGCUGAUUGAGUUAAUGCCCACAGUGUGUGAGAAGUGUGAGUUCAACCCUGAUUACACCAUCUUACUAAAGACAUAUCAGUCAGAGGAACCCCUGGAUCUCACCAAAACGCUGAAUGACUAUGGAGUCAGGGAGCUUUAUGCCAAGGAAAUGAAAGCGGUACAGACGAAUCUUCCUGUUGACCCUGUAUCAACUCCUAAAGGUGGUGAGGAAGAACCGAAAACACCCGUCAAAGAAAAGAAGGGAAACAAAGGUUUCUUUGGUUUAUUCAAGAAGAGCAAGAAAACAUCUGAGCAGGCUGUGACUGACAGUGCUUCAACAUCUCCUGAACUGAACGGCCAAUGUGCGGACAGGGUGAAUGGUCUUAAUGGCCACUCAACCUUACCCACGGUCCCUGCCGACAUGCCAAAGAAGAGACCUGCUCCACGGCCUCCUGCGACGGCGUCCCAGAGUGUCUGUGGACUUCACACCAGAGACUUUUCCGACCUACCAGAGAGUGACCCUGCUGGAAAACAGGGUCAGCUCAGUCGUAUAUCUUCCACUGAGUCCUCCCUUAAAAGGACUAAACGGAGAGCUCCGCCCCCACCGUGUGAUGGCCCCGCCCCAUCUGAUUCAGAUAACAAAGUAGAGGAAGCUCAAGGGGACAACAGGCGUUCAGACAAAUACAGAGCUCACAUAACUGACCGCUGCCCUGCAAUCACUAAAGUUAUGAGCGAACUCGUGGAAUCUCUGCAGGCACGGCAUCAGAGAACGCUGUCUUCUGCAAAUUCUUCUAUAUCACAGAAUCAAUCAGCAGAAGAUUCUUCUACGGGUGUGUUUUCUGAGCAUCACACCCCUGAGGCUGAGCUUAAGGCACUUCCUGGCUGUCAGCUGCUGAGGAGUCCCUCUGAGAGAGAAGGUUUGACCACCUUCACCGUGAUUCCCCAGAGACGUCAACAGAGCAGGCAGUGCUUUGAGGCGCCACUAACCUUACAGACACCUGACGCUGCUAAAGCUGAAGAAGACCCGUGUCCUGGAGACCCAGAUGCCCUUGAGACCCCUACCGUAGAGCUUUUGGAAGAAGUCCCAUUGGAAAUUUUUAUAAAUGAGGGUACAGGUUCAGACAAAAGUGAGCACUUAUCAGAGAUUGUACAUCUACAGCACCUGGAGAAAGAGAAUCAAGCUUUGAUGGACAUUGACAGCGAGAAUUUGGAGCUGAAAGAUGAAGAGGACCAAUGUAAUACUUAUCCAAAAAACAUUGAGCUAGAGAGUUGGGGCCUAAAUAAUCUAGAACAUUUUGAUAGUAAGAUAAAUAAUCUAGAAUUAAGAGACAGUUGGUCUAGUCUUUCAAAACCUGCUAAUAAACUUGCUGACACGACACCGAUCGAUCCAACAGACCUUGAUGAGCGAGAGGAGAUGGAAGAACAUGCUUCGGUGGAGAAUGAAGAAGAGAAGGACUGGGAAGAGCGAUACAAAGAGAGGAGAAGGAAGUUCCUAAAUGGUGACGAUGGUAUGAAGCGAUUUGAUGUUUGGGGAAGAAUUCAAAGAGAAUUUACAAACGUGCAAGAAGAGAACACAAUGCAAGAAAUGGAUUUUCCCUCACCGCCACCACCUGUCCGCUGGGAUGAGAACAGCAGCAAAUACAAAGAGGAUAUAGAAAAUGGGAGUGAGCAAGAAAUACAGUCUGUGAUGAAGACCUUGAGCAAGGGGCAAACUUUGAUCUGAGUGCUAACUCAAAGCCCAAAUAUGUGCCUUACCCGCACUACUCUACACAAACUAACACUAAACCGAACACCUCCGGUGCUGAAAACGAUUGCAGCUUUACUCCAGAACCUCAUCAAACCUCCUUUUUAUCUAAAUCACAUUCAAGCGUUGACCCUUGCCCUCCAGCAGCAGUGUCUCUCUUUGCCUUGGCUGUAUUUCAGAGGGCUAAGCGUUCCAAACCAGGGCUGGAUCCCAACUGCUCUAGAAGGUAAUUGAUGGCCGUUCUGAACAUGGGAUUGUUCAUUUGACUAGAAAGAAGAUGAUGUUUUCUUCAUCAGAAUGAAGAGCAGGACACACUCCUGAUAUUUAAACUCCUCAUAUCUUAUAUGAUUAUUUGAUUCUGUGUUUUUAAUCCUUAUGAAUAUUUUGGUUGGAUAAACGCUUCACCUGCGUUUUCCUGUUCUGUCAUCUGAUUUUCAUGUGUCCUGAGAAUUCUUUCAGAAAAUUUGAUAUUUUCCUGCUUUUUAAUUGACUCUCACAGGAAUAAUAUUAUACCAAGAGUAAACUUUGCCCCAAACAAAUACACUUGGGGGGGAAACAUGCAUGUAUUCAUAUAUGUAUAUAUUUUGUAUAUUAAUGAAGGCUUGUUUUUUCUAAGCUUUUUUGUUUUUCCAAAGAAAUUAUUCCUGAGAAACCUGCCAAGAUACUAUUUUUCUAUAUGUUGUCUUUUGUAUUUUUGAGCACAAGUAAAUAAAAAUCUGCUUGUAAAAUUCA